AUAUAAAUAUUUUAAGAUAUGAACCAACCUCAUUGCAAACAUAAUCAGUUCUUAGAAAAGAACCAAUGUCCUUGCAUGACAGAGAAUAAUGAAUGGGUCUACCCAGACAAUGUUUUUGUAGAUGUAGAGAACCAAACUAGUGAUGUUAAUAAGAUUGGCUGGGGAUUUGUAAACCAACUAUGAAAGGCAAAAAAGAAGAAUGAAGACUACAGACUUGAUCUUUUAAGGAAACUUUUGAAGAAUCAAGAUUAUGGCUGUCAGGAUGAAGAGAUCCUAGAUCAAUCAGAUCAUUUAGAAAAUAAAGAGGAGGAUCACUUAUUAACAAUAUCUAAAUGUCACAAAACACUAUUGCAACAUAAGAUUACUAAUGAUAUCCCUACUGGCUUCAGUGCCCAACUUGGUUUAAUAAAAGAAAAAAAUGAUAUGACAACUCAAGAUUUAUUAGAUCAAAAGUCCUCUCUUUCCCACAGCUACAAAGAACCCGGAGCACGAAGAGACGUUAAACUCAAAACUUCUGUCAGGCAGAUGAGAAGGUUCUAUAGAGAUAUCUUCAAAAGUAAAAACAGACUACUUGUCAGAAAGAGAUAUGUCAACUGAAGUAUUGCAGAGGUUAUCAAAGGAUUUCGCUCAUGACUGGCAAACAUAGUUCCCACAGAUUUGAUCACUCAAGAUCUGAUCUAUUUUGGCAUAGGAAUAACUGGAAUUAAGAAAUCUGAAACGCUUAGAUGUAGAAAAGAAAUCAAGCAAGAAAUUAAGAAUUUCUUGCAGCUGACACGCAGGUUUUCAGAGAGGAGACUAAGAAAUCUGGUCAAGUCUUGCAACAUAAAAACUUUGCUAAGAUAUUUCAUCUUGAACAAAGAUACGCCAGAAAGCAGAAGACUCAAAGAGUUCAUGAAUUCUUUUGAGUAA